AAACGGGUUGUAUAUCUGUCCUUGGGUCCAUCCAUCUCCUCUGAGGGUGGACCUGUUUUUACUCAAGGGCAGUAAAACGAGCCUUCCUGGAGGCUGGAGCUGAGAUUCCCGCCUUGCAGGGCAGUGGCGUAGCGUGGGUUGUCAGCACCUGGGGCAAGGCAAGUAAUUUGCGCCCCCUAACCUGUGGAUUUGUGCCCCCUAACCCUAACCCCCAGAAGUUGCGCCCGGUGCGGCCGGCCCCCCCUGCGCCCCCCACGCUACGCCAGUGUUGCAGGGGGCUGGAUGACCCCUGGAGGUCCCUUCCAACUUUACAAUUCUAGGAUUCACGUCUAAGUUUUGCCAGUUUGGAAAACAGCUUUUCCUCGUUUCUGUUGAAAAGGAAGCAAUCACUACUACUACUACUUAUUAUUAUUAUUAUUAUUAUUAAUUAAAUUUGCACACCGCCCUUCAUCCGUAGAGCUCAGGGCGGAUUACAACAUGAAAUUACAACAAUGGGAUUCCUUCACUUGGAGCAGAAAGAAAAAGAAGCGCCUCCGUCUGCAGAAGCAGCUGAGCCCGAAGAGAGAAAAGUUGACAAGCACCUUGUGCGCAUGCGCCCCGCGGCGGAAGGGGGGCCGAGGGCACUUCGCCGCGCCUGCGCAUAACUAGGGCUGGUGGGCGGGGAAACGUCUGCAGGGGGCGGGGUUUGCGAGGGGGUUCUUUUUGCGCGUGCGCACAAGAGGGAAGGCCGAAGGGUGGAGGCGCGAGAUCUUUUCAAAAGGGCGGGGCUUGGAUAGGAAGCCGCUGCGCGUGCGCGGUGGAAUCUCUGCGCGUGCGUAGUGGCAGCCCCCUCUUCCCGGCCUGGUUUCGAGGCUGCGUGUUGCUGAGGAGAUUCUGUACUAAUUUAAAUAAGGGGGGACUCCGCCCCUCCCCUUUCUUAUUCAGCCUUCGGUAAGUGAAAGAAAGAAAGAAAAGGGGGAGUCGGGCGGGGGGAGGGCAGAGGUUGCCAACUGACCUGGAGGCAGCCUCCUCCUCUGCCUUGGAGCGGCCAGUUUCCUGCCCCAGGCCAGCAGCGAGCGCGCCUUUCACUUUCCCAGGGCCCUGCGAGCUGAUGCCUGAAGGGAGAGCCUGGUAAGUUGGCAACCUCCGUCAAAAGACCCCGAGGUUCCUGCCCUUGAGGCUCCUUCCAAAGAGGGGCUCCUUGGUUGCACGUUGGCCAACUUGGAUCACCUUUCCUGCUGCUGCCACCACUCUUAACUGGUUUUGGUGCUGGGCAAAGGGCUCUCUCCCCAUUAUUUGAGGAUAUUUUAAAUUAUUAGGGUAGCAAAAGUCUCCUGGCAGACAUCGAAUGAGUCUUGUAAAAUAAUGCAACGGUGGAGGAAAUCAGAAUUAAGGAGGAGGAAAAAAAACAAUUCUAGGAAACUGUGUAAAAAUAAUAAUCGCAAAAUAGUACAACGGGUAUACAGUAGUUGGAAGGUUCUUUUUAUUUUAAACAAACUCAUUUUCUAUUUCUUUUUCUUUUCUCUUCUUUCCUUCCUCUUUUCUAUGUUUGUAAUUUCUUGGAUCAUUUGUACAGUAAUGUGUAAUGUUUGUAUUGUAUGUACUUUGUUAUUUGUGCAAUAAAUGAAUUUUUAAAAUAUAUGUAUUGCAGUGUUCCCCAACCUUAGGCCUCCAGCUGUUUUUGGACUACAACUCCCAUCAUCCCUCGCUAGCAAGACCAGUGGUCAAGGAUGAUGGGAAUUGUAGUCCAAAAACAGCUGGAGGCCCAAGGUUGGGGAACACUGUAUUAUGGUAUCGAUAGCCCCCCUCCAAGGAGCUCAAGGUGGCGUACGUGGCCCUCCCCUUCCCCUCAAUCCCCCACAACAACCCUGUGAGGUAGGUUAGGCUGAGAGGCGGCAGCUGGACCUCAACAUCCCCCUUUGCAGCUAUUUUGCAAAGCUUUUGCAGAUAAAAUCGUGGGAGUGCCAGGUUUUAUGGGAUCAGUUUCAACUUGUUACCCUGCCCUCCACGAAUGCAAACAAGCAGCUUAGAUGGGCAAAAUCUGUCUUCUUGACCCUUGCAGGGGUUCUGCUCCUUCCUGCUGGCCAGUGUCCAGAAAGUAGUGGUGGGAGAUGAGUGUUUGGGACCACUCAGGGCUCCAUGCUCUCCCCCAUGCUUUUUAACAUCUACAGUGGUACCUCUGGAUGCAAACAUGAUCCAUUCCGGAGCCCCGUUUGCAUCCUGAAGCAAACGCAACCCGCAUCCGCGCUUCUGCAUGGGUCGCUAUUUGCUGCUUCUGUGCAUGUGCAUGAUGUCAUUUUGAGCAUCUGCGCGAGCGGUGAAACCCAGAAGUAACGCAUUCCAUUACUUCUGGGUCGCCGUGGAGCGCAAUCCGAAAAUACUCAUCCCAAAGCUACUUCAACCCGAGGUAUGUCUGUACAUGAAAUGGCUGGGAGAGUUCACCAGGGGGUUGGGGUUGGGUGUUCACCAGAAUGCAGAUGAUACCCAGCUCUACCUCUCAACAUGGAUGGUGGAUGCUUUUCAGCAGAAACAAGGACAAGAGAAGAGUAGGCCACUCCUUUAACCCCACCCCAGAGGCUCCUUUCUAAACUUGUUGGCCCAGUCUUGCAAAACUUAAAAAUGAAAACUCCACUGUCCUCCAACCUGCUGCCCUGGAGGCUCUCAGCGAGCUGAAAGUUACUGUCUCCUUUCAUUGGAAGAAAGUUGGAAGCGGGAGUAAUGCAGCUUUGAAUACUGCAUCUGGUGACAGAGGUGUAAGUCGGUUAGUCUUCAACAUGCGUUGGGGACCCACUUGUUAAAAUAAAAUAAAAAAUUACAUAUAACACAGAUGGGUGGGGUAUAAAUAAUAAAAAUUAUUACUAUUAGUAUUAUUCGGCAAUGCUGCUGCUGUGGCCCACCAUAGAUUAGGCUUUGGCCUGGUAGCAGUUGAAGACAACUGGCGUAAGUCACCUGAUGCGUUUGAGAGCAGGUAGAGCAUAAGAAAAGCCCUGCUGCAUCCACCCCCCUUGUCCUUAUGCUGGCCACCUAGAUGCCACUGGGAAGCCCAGAAACAAGAAUGUGAGGUCCAUAGCUCUCUCCCUCUGCUGUGCAUAGAGAAAAGGUUUUUCUCCUUCUCUCCUAACAGUAGAACUCUUGGGCAUCCAGUGAAGCUGAACACUGGAAGAUUCAGGGCAUGUAGUAGAAGAGACUUACUCGCUUUAUUUUACUCGCUCCCUGAUUUAUGAAUCAUUCUAAAGGAUCGCUUGGCGAUAUGGAUGCCUACUGUUCCCCCUCCUCCCUAACUCUUCCUCCUUUCUCAUUCCAGAGCCCAGAUGGCUGCUCGGCGGAUGGCGCGGGAGUCUUUUGACGCCCUCAUGCAAGUCAAGGCGAAACGGCAUCAUCUGGACAGGAGUGACCCCAUCGACGAGGCCCUCCACCAGCUGAGAGGUAUGGUUGGUCCAAUGCCCCUGAGCUAUUUGUUGCUGCUGGUCAGCCUUUGACCCAGUUCCUGCUUCCGGCCUCAGAGACUCAAGUUGUUUUAGGUGAGCGUUAUGACCCCAGUAAAUUUAAUCUGAGCCAAAAAAUAAUUCCACAUGCCUCGCGCUCUUCCAUUUCUGAGACCUUCCCCUAAAGCAGGGGACACUCAGGUCUUGGAGGGCAGAUGCCGCCCUCCAGAUUCUCCCCAGGCCACUCUCCUUGCCAGCCCUGCCUUGCAUGUGUGCGUGCACACACACGAGUGCUUUUGUGUAGCUGGGAUGUGUCCUUGAGCAUUGAUCAUGCCUUUUGCUUGCCAGGAUGGAGGGCAGAUUGAUAGACGCAUGAGUGCAAGUGUGUGCAGCAACUAGCCUACUGUCAAAAGGUUGGAUUCACCUUCUUUGCUGCACCCCUUCAGCCUCGACCCUUGCGCAGAAGGUCUUCCCAAAAUGGGAUAUGUCCAUUAAGGCAGAAAAGGUUCCCUUGGCUUGGCAUUAAAGGGUUUGUGGUUAGUGGCCAGCCCACAAGUGGAGUGUGCUGCUAACCUUAUAAAAGUCCCAAUGAUCAUAGAAUUGUAGAGUUGGGAGGGACCCUGAGGAUCAUCUAGUCCAACCCCCUGCAGUGCCUCAAGACAGCCUCUUUCCAUAUGAGCUGACCCUGAUAUUGAGAUUAUGUUCUGUGGCCCUUCUUCAUGUGCUGCCUCUACAAGAGGUCUGGAGGGCAGCAACACAAGAACUGGGCCUCUUCUGCAGUGGCUCCCUGUUUGUGGAAUGCUCUCCCCAGGGAGCACCUUUAGGCACCAGGCAAAAACGUUCCUAUUCAACCAGGACUUUGGCUGAUUGCCAUCCAGAGGCCUUUUAAAAGGUGUUGGUGUGGGGUUGUUGGGUGGUUCUUGUUUUUAUUUUUAUGGUGUGUUUUGUGUUUAUAUAUUGUGAUUUUAUCUUGUGAACUCUCCUGAGACCUGCAGGUACAGAGCAGUAUACUAAUUUAAUAAUAAAUAAAGGAAUAUGCAGCUGUCCCAUAUGGGGAUUGACCUUGCAACCUUGGCGUUAUCAGCACCAUGCUCUAACUGAGUGAGCUAUCCAGGCUGAUGUGGAUGUGAAAUAAAAAACUUUCCCAGUCCAGGAAUCCCGAGUCCCUUCCAAAUGCUGUUGGAAUACACAUCCCCAUCACCCCUGUCCAUUGGCCGGGAUGCCUGGGGCUGGUAUCUAUCACCAUCACCUAGAGCAGUAGUCUCCAACUUUUCCAGACCCCAGGACUCACUUUUAACCCAAACAUGCAUUUCUUAAUCUUUCAUGAAUUUAUAUGGUGGCAGUGCUCCUUUUGCAACUCACCUUGGACCAGACUAUGACCCACAAGUGCAGUGGCCCCAAAGGGGCAGGGAGAUAACUUAGAGGCACUAAGAGGCAGGAGUACUUGAGGGAUGACUAUCAGAUUUUGAAAAGUUCAUCAAAGUUGUUGAAUUAAUUCAACUAAUUUAUUGGAUCUGAAGGCAGCCCUGUUUAGGGAAGUUUUUAAUGUUUGGAGUUUUAUUCUGUUUUUAAUGUUCUGUUGAAAGCUGCCCAGGGUGGCUGGGGAAACCCAGCCAGGUAAGUGGGGUAGAAAUAAUAAAUUAUUAUUAUUAUUUAUUACGAAUAAAUGUGCAAUUAAGUGUUAACUGUUUUGAGUUUUAUGGCAUUUUUAUUUUCUUUAGUGGGUAAUGCAAACUGCUAUUCAAUUUCUUUUCAGAGGGUAGGUUAAGGGGUGCUGGGGAUGAGUUAUUGAACCAAGGGAGUGGUAGCCCCUAAAAGAUUGGAACCGCUGUGCUAGUGGGUCCCAACCCAUCAGUUAAGGCCAGUGAUCUAAAGGUCUUCCAUCAUCAUCAUCAUCAUCAUUAUUAUUGGAUCAAGGAAAUAAGUUCUCCUGCUUUCCCUUUUUUUCCUCCUCCUCCCUCCAGUUCCAUCCUUCAAAUGAUACCCUUUCCAGAUCCCUUUUGGUGACCUUUAGACUUUCAGUUUUCUGCAAAUUUGCAAAUAAAUACAGUGGUGCCCCGCAAGACGAAUGCCUCGCAAGACGGAAAACCCGCUAGACGAAAGGGUUUUCCGUUUUGGAGGUGCUUCGCAAAACGAAUUUCCUAUGUGCUUGCUUCGCAAGACGAAAAUGUCUUGCGAGUUCCUGCACGAUUUUUUUCCAUUAUCCCUUUUUACCAAGCCGCUAAACCGCUUAUCAGCUGAUGGCUAAGACGCUUAACAGCUGAUGCUAAGCCGCUAAUCAGCUUAUCGUUGCCGCUAUCAGCUGAUCCUGCCGCUAUCAGCUUAUCGUUAGCCGCUUAUCAGCUGAUCCACUAAGCCUGCUAAGCCCUGUAGCACUAAUCCGCUAAACUGCUAAUGGGCUUGCUUCGCAAGACGAAAAAACCCGCAAGACGAAGAGACUCGCGGAACGGAUUCUUUUCGUCUUGCGAGGCACCACUGUACCCUCUUGCCUUUAUAGAAUCAUAGAAUUGUAUAGUUUGAAGGGACCUCAAGGGUUGUCUAUUCCAACACCUUGCAAUUCAGGAAUCUUUUGCCCAACAUGGGGUUAGAACCCACAACCCUGAGAUUAAGAGCGUGCAAAACAUGGGUUUUCUACCUCUGGGUUUUGGCUCCUGUUUGGAAAUCCUGCUUGCUUGAGAAAGGCUGAGAUUCAGUAGUGGAGCAUUUGCCUUGCACACAAAACCUCCCAGUUUUUAUAUCAAACUAUUAUUUGUGUAAAAGGCAAUAAACUGUUUAUCAAAGUUAUCCAGAAGAUUUUAUAAUGUAAGGAGAGGCCUCUAUUUUAAUCUUUCAACGAUGUACGUAAUAAAGUCAUGCCAUGACUUUAUUGCCACUUUAUUGCCAUGACUCUGUUACAAAAGAGUCUUUGCACCAAUUUUGUUUUACUUAGUUUUUACACAGGUGCCAUCAUGUUGCACCAAUUUGUUGAAGAAGACCCUGUUGAGUUCUCCUGGUGUCCUUGGUUUUGUGCCAUGAGAAAUAGCUUUCUUUUUUCUUCCCCCCACAGUUCAUUCGCGCCCAGUGCAGCGAACCCAGUACGAGGAUGAGGACGGGGAUUUCCAUGAGGAGAGAAAGUACCUGCACAGCGACUGGAGGGGAGAAGCCGCCAACGAAGACUAUUCGGUGCCUCCCUAUCAGUCAGAGGAGGAGGAUUACUACACACCCACAUGCUCACGGAACCAAGAUUACGCCCAGGCCCCUUCCCGUGACCGGGACUACGGCCGUUUGUCUUCUGCGGAAAGGGAGCUCCCCGGCCCAUCAACCAGGGAGCGGGGUUACGGUCGCCUGGCCUCUCGGCAAAGGGACUAUGGCCGUGCCUCCUCCCGAGAGACCUCCAGGCUCCGCGAUGCUGACUACAGUUCAGCAGAGCUGUUGAGUGGCUUCCAUUCUCCAGGGCUAUUGGAAGAGGAGUUUGGGACUGUGAGGAGUCAGGAUUACAGCCUGGAGUAUGGCCUGGAGGCGGAGAGAGAGUUUGCUCCCUCUUUACAUGCGGGGAGGGACCUGACGGCGAAGCGCAUCCGGGCACCGCAGGGCCUGGUCAAAAGCAAGACAGAUGCGGUCCUCCCCGUGAAGAAAUGGGUCCAGGCUUUGUCCUCAAGCGACCUGCUGGGGGAACCUGCCCACCCCUCCAAGAGGAGGGCCUUCCCUGCUCAGCACCUUCAGCUCGGCCAGCGGCCGUCCCUGCCCCUGAGGGGCGCCCUGCAGCACGACGACCCGGAAACCGUGAGGCAUGCCCAGCACAAAGAGCCGCAGCUGGACCUCAGUGGCCCGCUGGAUGUUUUCACCACCUUUGGGGUGGAGAUCAUCAAGUGGGCUGGCUUCCACAAGAUCAAGAAGGACCCGGAGUACAUGGAAAUGUUCCGCAUCCUCUUCAAGCUGGAGACGGAGACGUGCGCCAAGAUGCUGGCCUCCUUCAAGUGCUCGCUGAAGAUGGAGCACCAGGACUUCUGCUAUUCCGUCGUGCGGACUCUGCAGCACCCGGCGCUGCGGACGCCCAAAGUGGACGGCCAGUUCUUGAACCUGCUGCUGGAAAAGAAGCUGGUGGCCACCAAGAACGGCUUCUUCCAGCUCAUCAAACCGUUUGACCGGUACAUGAUGCACCUCCAGGCCUGCCUCCUGAAGAGCGCUGUCCCGCUCCUGAUGGCCUGCAAUGCCUAUGAGCUGAGCUUGAAAUCCAGCAGCUUCAGCGACCCGGGGCAGAUGACGGCCGCCUUCGAGACCACUGCUUCCCUCUGCCGAAAGGCCCUGGUGCUUGUCGGCCAGACCUUCGCCAUGGCCUCCUCCUUCCGGCAGGAGAAGAUCCUGGAGGCCAUCGGGCUGAAGGGGGUGGCCCCUCUGCCCAUCUUGUUCCCCAAUUUUGACACCUCGGCCUUGUUUGGGAAGGAGUACAUCGAACACCUGCAGGGCUGGCUGGAGAAGAGCGGGUCCCAGAUGCAUCUGAAGAGGCCAAGUGCGGAGACCCCCAGCUCACAGGGCGCUCCGGAACCCAAGCCGAAGAUUAAGAGUAAGCGGGUGCUGCUUCCCACUGACUCUGCCUGUUGUCAGGGGCGGCUGGGUCCUUUUUCUUUGGGGGAAGAAUUAUUUCCAUCUAUAGACUUUCUAGCGUUCACGUUGUUUCAGUUUGUGAGUCGUUGUCCUCUUCUCCCACCUUGCUUCUGUUGUUUGGGUCCCUGUGAGCAUUUAAUUUUAUUUCUUAGGGUUAAUAAUGGUGGUGAUGUUACGAUUCAUGUGCUUCCCAUCGGACUGGCUUACUCCAGCCACUCUGGGCAGCUCCCACCAAAAUACAAAAAACACAAUAAAACAUCAACCAUUAAAAGCUUCCCUGUACAAGGCUGCCUUCAGAUGUCUUCUAAAAGUCAGAUAGUUCUUUAUUUCCUUGACAUCUGAUGGGAGGGCAUACCACAGGGUGGGCGCCACCACCGAGAAGGCCCUCUGCCUGUUUCCCUGUAACUUCCCUUCUCGCAGGGAGGGAACCGCCAGAAGGCUCUCGGAGCUGGACCUCUGUGUCUGGGCUGAGCGAUGGGGGUGCAGAGAAUCCUUCAGGUAUACUGGGCUGAGGCUGUUUAGGGCUUUAAAGGUCAGCACCAGCAUUUUGAAUUGUCAGGGUUAUACUUUGGGUCUGGGGCUUGUUGGCACGAGGUGGGGCUUGCUCUGCCCUGCCUUCCCAUUCCCCAAAAUUAAAUAUACCCAAAGGAAAAACCCACACCCAAAAUCGCCAAUAAUGUUAAUGAUUUGUCCUUUUCCUCAGGCAGUUUCAGAAAAAUGAGGAUUGAUGUCUUAUUGGCAGGAUCUGUAAUAUGGGAGGGCUGCAACCUAUGCAGAGUUACUUUCUAAGGGUUCAUGUGCAAAGGCAAAAUCACACAAAGUCAGUGCGACCCUGAGAACUGACCCCACAUAGCUCUCUCUGCCUUACUUUUGCGUACAGCCUGCACUUGGGAAUAAUUUCCUCAUUUGCCCCGUGGACUCCUCAACACUGCAGCAGAGAACCAGGCUCUGGGAAGGUGGUGUGAGGGCUCUGGAAGGCUGUUGGAGGCUUUCAGGGCUAUCUGACAUCUCGCAGUCCCCCCCCCCCCCAGCCUCCCAGAGGUCUCGUGUGACCUUCCUGGAGCCCAGUAAGCUUGAAAGCUUUUUCUGCAGCAGGAAAACCUGGUGCGGAAAUAGUUUUUUAUGCCCUCUGGUUUGCUGGGCUCUGGAAAGGUCUCGUGAGAUUUCAGAUGGCCUUUCCCAACUGCCCACCACCCUCCCCAUCUCUCCAUUUAUUUAUUAUCCCCCGCCUCCUCCCAUGCAAAGCUGCAAAUGCAUAAGUAAAUCACGCGUGAGUUGUGGCCCUACUGUACGUUUGUGAUUGUGAGGUUCCCACAAGGAAGGUUUUCAUUUUAUCCUAACCCCCACCCCUGUUUCUUGUCCUAGUUCCGCAACGCGCUGACCAGAAGGUCACCGAGACAAUCGAGAAGAUGGUGGAGGGCAUCGUUUCCGGCACUCUGAAAGGGAAAGAGAGAGCUCAGUUGAAGGACAACCCAGAGUACUGGUAAAUAUCUUCUGGUAGUGUUUUUUUUAAUGGCUGACCUGAUCAAGCGUUGCUUCCUCUGGUUAGACCCAGUGGCACUACAGUUAUUUCCAGACCCUGGGAUCGCUGGAGGACUGGUGGCCCUCCUGGCAAAUGGCCUGGUGGGUUCUGGAUCACCAGUUCUUCCUUGCCCCCAAAAUCCAGGCAACCGAGUGUCCCUUCGUGGUCGCCAUCUGUAAUAAAUGAAAAUCUGCCCUUAUUCCCCUAUGGGGAACACAGGAGCCCUUAUAGAGUCCUUUGUAGGUUCUCCAUCGGUUGGAGAAAAGAGAGGCCAACCAGAGAAUAUUGAGAAGCAAAGCAGCUAGUAAGCCUGAUCUUUAUUUAACUGUUGCAACAGGGUGCUCCCCUCACACACAGGAAAGGAGGAGGACAUCCUCUGGUAGUUUUGUGUUUUUUUCCGCUCCCUUGACUCUCAGAGCCUGCCAGGAACAGGGCUUCUCGGGCCAGCCUAACUUACCUUUUUAAUACCGGCUCCUUAUUUGUAUAACUCAAAUCGUUUCACAAAGCAGUGCCUACACUUUGGAACUCCCUGCCUAUUGAUAUCAGGCAGGUGCCUUCACUGUAUCAUUUUCGGUGCCUGAAAACAUUCUUGUUCAGAAAAGCCUACCCAGAUGUUUAGAAAGUUGAUGUGAAUUUUAACUGGUUUUGGUCUAUUCUUUUUAACUUUUUGUACAUUUUAAGUUAUUGUUGUAAAUUGUUUCUCGUGAUAAUUCUACUGUUCUGAUUAGCUGCUCCUUUCCCCCCUGGUCAAAACAGGUUUCUGAAGGAAGAGGACAGCCUGGAGCACAAAUAUUACAAGCUCAAGCUGUCCGAGAUGCAUCGGCUGAGGUCUGCAGCCAAGGAAAAGCCCAAGCAGGAGAAGACCCCUGAGCUGCAGGAUUUGGCUGUCAUGCAGGCCUUGCUGCGCGCCCGCAAGGUCCUCCGCAUCAAGAAGCGGCUCUUCUCGAAGAGGAGGCCCAGGAUCCUUCAGCGGCGGGUGGCAAGAGCCCAGAGGGUGAAGCGGGUCACCGUGGGGACCCAGACGCUCCUGUCCGCCGGGACAGUGCUCCAGCAGCAGGGCCUGCCGCAGAGCCCCAAAGCCCACCCAGCAGAGACCUCCUUGGAAAAGGCGGGAGUCUGCGACUCAGCCACCGACCCAGAAGAUGCGCCCGGGGAAGAUUUGAGUGCUGGAAGCUCGCUUGGGCUAGCAUGCCAGUUCCCUGACGGUAGGUGAAUUUCGGGGGGACAAGACAGGCAGGAUGUGGCCUGGUCUAGGGCUGGGCGAUAUAUCAAUACUGUGUAUCACCCAAAACUGGAUUGAAAUCCAUAUUGUGGUAUCAGUUCCAUAAUUUUUGACCUGGCAAUAUAUUGUGACUCACGAUAUCUGUGAGACCUGCAAGUAUAGGGUGGUAUACAAAUUUAAUAAGUAAUAAUAAUAAUAAUAGGGAUGCGAGUGGCGCUGUGUGUUAAACCACAGAGCCUAGGACUUGCCGAUCAGAAGGUCGGCGGUUCGAAUCCCCACAACGGGGUGAGCUCCCGUUUCUCGGUCCCUGCUCCUACCAACCUAGCAGUUUGAAAGCACGUCAAAGUGCAAGUAGAUAAAUAGGUACCGCUCCGGCGGGGCUGCUCUGGUUCGCCAGAAGCGGCUUAGUCAUGCUGGACACAUGACCCGGAAGCUGUACGCCGGCUCCCUCGGCCAAUAAAGCGAAACUAGUGCCGCAACCCCAGAGUCAUCCGCAACUGGACCUAAUGGUCAGGAGUCCCUUUACCUAACAACAACAACAACAACAACAACAACAACAACAACCUUUAGAAUACUUCCGAAGGCAGCCCUGUAUAGGGAAGCUUUUUAAUGACGACGACAACAACAACAACAACAACAACAACAACAACAACCUUUAGAAUACUUCCGAAGGCAGCCCUGUAUAGGGAAGCUUUUUAAUGUGUAAUGUUUUGUUAUGUUUAUAUAUAGGAAGCUGCCCAGAGUGGCUGGGGCAACCUAAUCAUAUGGGUGGAAUACAAAUAAUAAACUUAUUGUAAUUUAUUAGGAGGACUUGGCAAUAUAUAAUCCAAAACCAGUUUGAAGUCCAUAUCAUGAUAUCGGUUUCAUAAUUUUUGACCUGGCAACAUACCACAAAUUGUGGUUUGUGUGUGUUUGUGUGCUCUAUGCAAAAAUCACAAUUUGGGGAAAAACAUUGAAGCCAGUCAAUGUGUCUCUCAAUUCCUGCAGCCCCUGUUAACUCUGCUGGCUCAGCUCUCCCCUACAAGGAAUCACAAGCUCAGGAAAAACCACGAAGCCAGCCAAUGCCUCUACUGUACAGAGUUGCACCCUUUUUUCAGACUUCAUGAUUCAUCACUAUAUCAUGAUGUUUAGCUGGUGAUAUAUUGUGAUGUUGAAAACCAGAUAUCACCCAGUCUUAGCCUGGUCUCGCUUUGCAUUGCCUGCCAGUGCCUCUGCAGGGCCCUGGACAGAGAGGUUCUUUCCCCUUCUUUUUAGCUGGAGGUGGGACCUGUGACCCUUGAGCUGCUGAGCUGCCUUCCACUGAGUCAUAUCCUUUGGCCCACUGAGCAGCUGCCUUGAGCCAAUGGUGUUUUCUUUCCUCUCCUUCAGUGGGAGUGGGCAUUUUGUGCCCAGGGGCUUUUGAAUCCAAAGGAGGUGCUCCUCUGCUGAGCUGGCCUUUGCUCCUAUAAUUCUCUCUGGGAUCUUCCCUGUGGGUAUCUUAUGGGGACACUCAGGAGGUUGACCUCUCUGGCAGGCUCUUCUUAACAUUAGGAAUACAGGAAGCUGUCUUAUCACGAGUCAGACCAUGUUGCAGAAAAGACCUGUUCUCCUGUUGCCACUGUCCGGACCUCUCAGAGGAUGAGGGCAGGGUCUGUGUCGGUUCAUAUGAGGAGAGGCAGUCCUUGAGCCAUUUAAGGUUUAGAGGCAAAAAACAGCACAGAAACUCAUUGGCAGGCCAGGAUCAAUGCAGUAUGCUCAAACCACCUUGCCCUGGUGAGCAGCCUGGCUGUAAAAUUCUGCACCAGCUGACAUUUCAGAACUGUCUAGAGUCAGCCCCACAUAUAAUGUGCUGCAGUAAUCUAACCUGGAGGUUACUAGAGCAUAGAUGAAGUUAUGGGCAUGGCUGGGCCACCACCUGAACCUGAUGGAAGGUCCUUUGUGCCCCUGAGGCCACCUGAGCCUAGUUAGCAGAGCACAUGCCAAUUUUGUAUUAUUUUCUGCAGCCGAGAUACAUUCCAGACACCAUUGUUGUUUAGUCGUUUAGUCGUGUCCGACUCUUCGUGACCCCAUGGACCAGAGCACGCCAGGCACUUCUGUCCUCCACUGCCUCCCGCAGUUUGAUCAAACUCAUGCUGGUAGCUUCAAGAACACUAUCCAACCAUCUCAUUCUCUGUCGUCCCCUUCUCCUUGUGCCCUCCAUCUUUCCCAACAUCAGGGUCUUUUCCAGGGAGUCUUCUCUUCUCAUGAGGUGGCCAAAGUAUUGGAGCCUCAGCUUCAGGAUCUGUCCUUCCAGUGAGCACUCAGGGCUGAUUUCCUUCAGAAUGGAGAGGUUUGAUCUUCUUGCAGUCCAUGGGACUCUCAAGAGUCUCCUCCAGCACCACAAUUCAAAAGCAUCAAUUCUUCGGCGAUCAGCCUUCUUUAUGGUCCAGCUCUCACUCUCUCCAGACACCAUGAUAUAUCUAAAUAUUGCGGUCUUUAGCUGCUGAUAUAUCACAGUGUUGAAAACCGGAUAUCAUCCAGCUCUAGUCUCCAGUUGUUUUUGGACUACAACUCCCAUCAUCCCUAUUUAGUGUCCUGUAUCCCUGUGUUUUGUGGCUGUAUCCCACCAGUGUUCCAGCAAUAUAAGCCCUGUUUAAAAUGGAGCAGGAAUAAUUUUGUUAUCUUCCCCCACCCCACCCCCUGCUUUCCAGUGGAUCCCAAAACGAUGGUGACAGCAGAGAGGCUGGCCAAGUUUGUGGCGGAGGUGGGACCUGAGAUUGAGCAGUUCAGCAUCGACAACAGCACAGAUAACCCGGAUUUGUGGUGAGCUACCCUCUCCCUCCCCGGGAAAAUCAUGUGGCAUGCUCCUGGAGCACCCCAAGCCUUAUUGCAUGAGCCAGGCAUUGCAGUAACAACACUCAAUAUCUGUAAAGUGGUGGCAUAUUACUAUUACUAUUAUUAUAUUUAUUAACAUUAAAAACUUCCCUAAAGAGAGCUGCCGUCAGAUGUCUUCUAAAAGUCAGAUAGUUGUUCAUUUCCUUGACAUCUGAUGGGGCGUUCCACAGGGUGGGCGCCACUACCAAGAAGGCCCUCUGCCUGGUUCGCUGUAACCUCACCUCUCACAGGAAGGGAACCAGCAGAAGACCCUCAGAGCUGGACCUCAGUGGCUGGGCUGAACGAUGGGGAGGUGCUGCUUCGGGUAUACAGGGCCGAGGCUGUUUAGGGCUUUAAAGAUCAGCACCAGGCCUUUGAAUUGUGCUUGGAAACGUACUGGGAGCCAGUGUAGAUCCUUUAGAACCGGAGUUAUAUGGUCCCAGUCACCAGUCUAGCUGCCACAUUCUGGGUUAGUUGUUGUUUCCAAGUAACCUUCAAAGGCAGCCCCACGUAGAGCGCAUGGCAGUAGUCCAAGUGGGAGAUAACCAGAGCAUGGACCAGUCUGGCGAGACAAUGCGCAGGCAGGGAGGGUCUCAGCCAGCAUACCAGAUGAAGCUGGUAGACAGCUGCCCUGGACAUAGGAUUGACUUGCACCUCCAUGGACAGACCCUCAGGCUGCACACCUGGUCCUUUAGGGGCACGGUGACCCCAUUCUAGUUUCAGUCAGUGCAGCAGAUGGGUUAUAGUUUUGUUGCAAACCGCUGUGAUAUAUUUCUUUGAUACGGUGGUAUCUAAAUGUUUUUAGAAAUAAAUCAGUGAACAAGCCUUGUUGUGAAGCUCAGAGCUGCAGCUUGUCCCCAGAAUACUUGUAUGGGCCACCUCAGGGUCCUUAUAGGGGAAGCGACGCAGAAAUGUCACACAGCAACAGUGCAGUGAAGUCCUCCUGUGCUCUCUCUCAGGUUCCUGCAUGACCGUGAGAGCUCAGCCUUCAGGUUUUACCGGAUGAAAGUCUACGAGCUGUGCCCCUCCAUGAACUUCAGCGCCAUUCCAGGGCCUGCCAGCGAGAGCCCCGCACCCUCGGAGGGCGACUGGGAGAACAAUGAGGAGGAGGAGGAAGAGGAGGAGGAGGAGGAGGAGGAGGAAGCUCCCCAGUCUGGAAUGGAAGAGGAGGAAGCUCAAGCAGGGUCUGCCAGCGUGGGAGCCUCGAGUACAGCUGGAGAAGGGCAGCCUGAGGGCCCCACCUCAGAAGCAUCUGCCCAGGGUCCCCUGCGGGGCAGGGCCUUUGGGCGCAAGAGGGCCAGCAGCAGGUCCUUGAAGGUGGGCCUGAUCCCAGGCUCUAAGAGGGUCUGUCUCAUCGAUGAACCAAAAGGUGAGUGAGGCAGCUGGGCGGGUUAAGCCUGGCAGGUAAUUCUUUGUCAAAUUUUGCUUGUGUCUGGAUUGACCUUUGACCUCUGGAUUUGCUUUUUUUGCAUUACAGUCCACGACCCCGUCCGGAUUGCGUAUGACCGACCCCGCGGCUAUCAGUCCCACAAAAAUAAGGUGAGAAGGGGGCAAAAUAAUAAAUACGUGCAUUUAUUCUUUAAGAGAUUUCCAGGCAGAGGCCUCCCAGUGCAGCUUUCAAAGCCAGCUUGAAACCUCCAUAAAAUGUAAGUGUGAGCUUCUGUUCACCAGUUAGGUACUGGCAAUAACCUCAGCCCAGCGGUUCCCAAACCUUCUCAGGCCCCCUUGGUUCCCUGAACUGAUCCCCAAUGUCCCCAACCCUAUAAAAAGCAUUGUUUAGAGGAGUGGUUCGCACAAAUUUCUGAAGAAGACAAUAAAAAUUUUAAAAGAUCAGUUAAUUGCCCAUUUAUUCAAAGUGCAUUUCUUUAUUUCUCUUCAUAAAAUUUACCCACAGCUUGACUACAGAAGCAACCUCAAAGCGUUGUGUUGUGUGUUUUUUUAGGGUAAGUUUUUAAUUUUAAAAAAAAGCCGAUGAAAAUGCAAAGUUAUCACUAAAAAAAUCUUGCAGCAUAAUUUAAAACACACAAAAAGUUAAAACAAUAGACCAGGGCUUCCCAAACCUGGGUCUCCAACUGUUUUUGGACUACAGUUCCCAUCAUCUCUGACCAUGGGUCCUGCUAGCUAGGGAUGAUGGGAGUUGUAGUCCAACAACAGCUGGAGACCCAAGUUUGGGAAACACUGCAAUAGACUGAAACAAAUUAUUAUUAAAUUAUUAAAAUAAUGUUGUAUGUUAUUAGAAUAUACAAAUUAUUAUUAAUAAUAUUAAUAAUAAUCUGCUACGGCAUUCUGUUGCCUUAAUUCAAUAGCUGAGCCAGGUGUUUAUGAUAAUGAUGUUGAUGAUCAGUUUUGUUCUCAGUGGCAGAAAUCAAAGGAUUUGGAGUUUUCCCACAAGCGGCUGAACCAGAAGAACAUUGGCUUCCAGAUGCUGCAGAAAAUGGGCUGGAAGGAAGGCCUUGGGCUUGGAGCCCAUGGAAAGGGCAUCAAGGACCCCGUCAAAGUGUACGUAGCACGUGAGCGAGUGGCACACUCCUUUUUUUAUAAAAAAACAAGCAGGUUUUGGAAUGGAUUGAUACCUCACCACAGUUAUUCCCUGUUGCAGAGGUCGCCAACUCAGUGCCAGCAGGCACCAUUCUGCCCACAAAGGCUUCCAGUGGUGCCCCUGGGCAGGCGCCCCCAGCUCUGAGCUGUCGUUUAGAAACAGAAAAAAAAACCCCAAAGACUUUAGCCCUCCCAGAAAGAAACACCUUCUAAGUGAUUUAUGGGAAGUGAGUUCUGGUGUGGCUAGGUAAAGGUAAAGGUACCCCUGCCCGUACGGGCCAGUCGUGUCCGACUCUAGGGUUGUGCGCCCAUCUCACUUAAGAGGCCGGGAGCCAGCGCUGUCCGGAGACACUUCCGGGUCACGUGGCCAGCGUGACGAAGCUGCUCUGGCGAGCCAGCACCAGCGCAGCACACGGAAACGCCGUUUACCUUCCCGCUAUAAAGCGGUACCUAUUUAUCUACUUGCACUUAGGGGUGCUUUCGAACUGCUAGGUGGGCAGGAGCAGGGACCGAAAGACGGGAGCUCACCCUGCUGCGGGGAUUCGAACCGCCGACCAUACGAUCGGCAAGUCCUAGGCACUGAGGUUUUACCCACAGCGCCACCCACGUCUCUUUCUGGUGUGGCUACCUUGCUUAUUUUUCAUGGUGCUGAGGAACGCUCCCCAUUUCUGUUAGGCAUUGACAGCAUCACGGUGUGUGUCAAAGAGAUACUCUGUGAUCUUCACAGUAUGUACCAGCAGAACACAGGUGACGUGCCACAGAAAGCAUGAGGCUGGUCCUCCGACUUUUCUUUUGGGUUGGAAUCAUCUACCUUUGUGCCUUCAAUAUAUCAUCUUUAAGAAACUCUCCUCCAAGGGUUUGUCUCCUGCAGUGGAUGAUGAUCUUCUCUAGGGGCCGACACUCACCCUGCAUCACUCUUCCAGGACAGUCGUCUGCUCUCUUUAGCUAGAAAUUCCUAAUCUGGCCCAAUAACUUGAUGUGUGGAUAGGUGAGACUCAAGUGUGGUGGAGUCUCCUUCUUUGGAGGUCUUUAAGCAGAGGCUUGACAACCAUAUGUCAGGAGUGCUCUGAUGGUGUUUCCUGCUUGGCAGGGGGUUGGACUCGAUGGCCCUUGUGGUCUCUUCCAACUCUAUGAUUCUAAGUUCUGUCUUCUCUUCCAUCAAGGCAACCAGCUUUCACUUGCUGCUGUUGUAGUUUUGCACAUUCUCAGGCAGAAAGACAAACAUGGCAGCUUCCUGGCUGUCCUGCAUAUACCACAAGGCAGCGCUCUGGUCCUUUCAUGCCAAUGCCCCCAAGUCCUUGUCACAAGCUCCCAGAGGCUGCAGUCAGCUAAACUGACUUGGCUCUGUAUACCUGAAGGAGCGUCUCCACCUCCAUUGUCUAGCCUGGACACUUGGCUCUAAGGGCCUUGUGGCAGUUCCCUCAUUGUGAGAAAUGGAGUUACAGGGAACCAGGCAGAGGGCCUACUUGGCAGUGGCAUCCGCCCUGUGGAACACCCUCCCAUCAGAUGUCGGAGAGAAAAAUUGGUACUUUUAGAAGACAUCUGAAGCCAGCAUUGUUCAGGGUAGUUUUUAAUGGUUGAUGUUUUAUUGUGUUUUUAAUAUUUUGUUGAGACUCUAGAGCGGCUGGGGGAACCCAGUCAGGUGAGUGGCAUAUAAAUAAUAAAAUUAUAAUUAUAAACAGAACUGCUGCUGGCUGCAAUAGGGAAGGAGGGAGCUCCAAAGUGUAGGAGCUGCCACAUGGAAUGGCCGAGUUCUUACAAAUGCUUAAGAGGCAACAUGGUCCUUCCUCAUGGGGAGAGUUGACCUCAUGGCCUCUGUGAGAGGCAAAGAUGAGCCCAGGCUCUGAGAACAACCCAUCCCUGUCUUAGACACAUUGCCAGGCUUCGUGCUUUUGGCAGGGGAGCAUCCUGCACGUCUCACCCAUAAGAUCCCAACCACCCCUUGUUUAAAGUGGGUCUUGGCUAGCUGGUCCAGCGUCUUCUGCCAUUCAAAGCAGACAGCACCUACUGUGCUGGACCAGCGAUUUGAGAUGGCAUCUAAGUCUUGUGUGUUCGACAGGAGCAUCUGUAGUGAGAGCAGCUGUUUUGCAAGUGCUGGGGAGCUGUGUUCGCCUUCUGCCAGAGCUGGGGUGGGGAGGACGCCCCCUGCCCAGCACCCUCACAGACCCGCUGCUGAAUGAAGCAAACGGCUCCUUUACGAGCCGUGACCCCGGGGUCUCCCACCUGAAGAAAGGCCUUCUUCAUGCAGCUCCCUCCCCAGGAGGCAGGGAUGGCCACCAACUGGUAUGGGUUUCAGGAGACAGCAGUUGGGACUUUGUAGCUCAGAGAAAAGGUGCAUUAUAAAAUUAUGCGCGGCAUGGGGAAAGCGGGACGGAAAGAGGUUUUUCUCCCUCGUAACACUGUAGAGCUCAUGGACGUCCAACGAAGCUGGACGUUGAGAGAUUCAGGAAAGAUGUAAGGAAGCCCUUCUUUGCUUGUGGAUUUCCCAUUGGGGGCAUCUGGUUGGGCAAACAGGAUGCUGAACCCUUUGGCUUGAUCCACCUGCUUCUGAUGUUCUUACGUAUCUCAACAUGCCUUUCUACUUCUUUUCUUUUUGCAAGGGGUUAAGGGUGCAGCUUUGUUUGCCUGUUUCCUAGCACUGUCCAAAAUUGACUCCUAUCCUUUUUGGGUUGGCACGAGCCAGAGGAACUGGGCGUGGGGAAGGACUGACCUGGAGCUCGGUCACCUCUUUGGAAACACAGCGGCCAAGAUGUCGCCCGUUGGCCCUGCGCUUUGGUCAAGGAAGCCGUGACUGGGCAUGUGCGUGCUCACUUUCUCUUUGCUUUGCCUCCCUUUUAGGGGCUCCACCUCAGCGGGGGAGGGCUUGGGUGUGGCGGGGGAUGAGAACAAGGAGGACACCUUUGCCACCUUCCGCCAGAGGAUGAUCCAGAUGUACUAUCUGAAAAGAGCCUGUAAUAAAUAGGUAGGUUGUCUGCAGCAAGUCAGCUUUGUCCCCCACCCCCUUUUGAAUUAAUUGCAAGAUUAAAAUAACUGUUUCUCUCUUCUUCUGUUUUCAAGCUUUUCUUCUUCUUCUUUGACCAGGGAGAUAUUUUCUGUGUGUGCACAGAAUAUUUUCUGUGUGUGCUUAUCUGGAUUUGUUUUUAACUGUUUUUUUCAUGUUUGUUUCCAUUAUGAAUGACCAGAAUGAGCUUUGAACCAAAGAAGCGAAGAUCAUUGUGCUGGAGAGAGGUCUGGAGAGAGGACAGGCCAUCUUCUGAGAACCCCCCACCCCUUUUAAAUUUGGAGCAAUUAGAAGAGCAAAUUGCUCUUAAGAAUCCGUAACCUCCUAAACAAAUCAAAACAUUGCCAUUCUUUGGAUGCAGGAACGGCUGGGUCUUGUUGAGCAAAUCUCUUAACAAGAACCUAGGAUGUCAGGCUUCCCCCCCACUUACGCAAGGCUGACUUGCGUACAACCACGUGUGCAUGCAGUGCCGGGAAAUAAUAAAUCAAUUGGCUGCUCCUACCUGCGGCUCAAAUCCCCACUCUGAGUGCUGUGGGGCACAUGUCCACACACACACACACACCAGCCUGGUCCUGGCUGCAGCGACAAUCUCAAGGUGUGAGUGGGCAGAGGGAGGGGACAUGGGCACAUGGGAUCAGCACUUGGGCACUGCACUGCUGGGUCUGAAAGCACCUCUCAAGGGCACCCUAGAGGAUGGGCAACCCAGUGCCCCACUAGCCGUGCGGCCCUGAGCCAGCAGGUGAGGCACAAAUCCAUCUCCCAACAAGGCAGGGUCAGUGCUCAGAGGAGAAAAGGAGGGGCGGGGGAGAGUGUGAGUAGCUGAGCUGAUCGGGGGGCUGUGGGUCAAAGCGGUAAGGGGAGGGGAGGAGGAAAUCAAAGGAAGUGAACAACUGUGGCCUGGAAGUCUCUCAGGACUGCUGCCCGGGAGGGAUGGGACGGAAGGCUCAGGGCAGCAGCCCCGUCGACGCAUGUGAGUCUGUCUCUUCCCCAUGCGCCCUCCCUAUUAAAGCAGCAUCCCCCCACUUUAUGCAAUUUCACUUCAGCAUGUGGGGCCCCGGAGCAUAACCCCUGCGUAGGUGGGGGGGGUGUGUGUGCCUGUAUCCAUUCCAGACAGGACAAAAAUUGUACUGUCCUCUAUGUGGACAAUAUGAUCAUCCUGCCUUUCGCAAGAUUCAGAAAUUCCACCUUUACACAAUUUGAUGUCUUUUUCUUUUCAACUGCUUUGGGUCUGCACGACGAGCUGCAGUCAUUGAAUAACCAUUACUUGUUCGAUUUAUUGAACCAUCGCUUUGUUUGCUUUAAAUAAAAUACAAACAGUAUGUAGAAACCGAUACCAUGUAGGGCAGAUACGAAUCUCACUUUUGUUUCUGAGGUCUGUUAUCAGCGAGGCAUGCAGGAUUUUGCUUGGCCUGCAUUUCUGUCUUCCUUAACAGUCUUGGUUACCUUUUCCUUCUGCAAAGGAACCUUAGGGCUGUUUUCUUGCAGGAAGAUCUCUGGAGAGCUUUUUUUUUUUGCGGGGGGUCAAGGUUGUCUGAAAUUUGGGUUCACUCCAUUGCUGAAUAGGACCUCUCUAGAAUGUGCACGAACUCUACUUAUGAACCGACCGUCUUGACAGCAUCCCGAUCUGAAUUUGACAGUGUUUUCUGAAUGAUGAGUGUCCACACACUCUCUUUCAUCCAUUUUCCCUCUGGAGUUCUCCAGUAACGAUUUGCCACCCAGCCUCUCCCGGCUUUUCUGCAAAAGGCUACUUCAUCUUGGUGACCGGACACAAACCAGUUGUUAACUCAGAAACAUUCUGUCCGUUGUGGACCUUGGUUUCUCACAGCCACCCAUUUGUGGUGGGGGUCUUGUGAUGUGCAGGAUCAUCCGCACCUCCUUCAUAGCCAAAGUGGACUUUUCAGUGGGAAACCACACUCCACUGUGGUUUGCGGCAUUCCUUCCCGCUCAGAACAAGCUUUUCUGCCCCAGGAAACUCCGAAUCAAAGAGUGUGGUGUUGAAGUCAGCCUGAGCUCCAUGCCGUCAUCAGGCGCAUGCAAUGGGGAACUUCUUCCUCUGCCUUUCUGAGAAAUGCAAGAGUCGUUCAUGGGAAUCGGUGGGGCUCCCGCCGUUGUUUGAGCCAAGAAGUUUGCUGCUGAUAGCAAGAUGUUGAAGAACCCCACGAGACCCCCUUCCUUCAGCCUGCAGGAUCCAGUUCUGUCAGGCUGAAGCUGCCACAGGGGUCUGGCCACCCUCCUGUUAAAACCACUCUCUUGCUUAAUUUCUAGGGGUGUUUUGGUUUCUCUUUCAUAAUUGAGCAUCACAUUUUUAUUUUUAUUUUUACAUUGGCUCUCAGCCCAACCUGGCCUUUUGGCCCCCUGUGAGUCAGAUUGCUGAUUCCCCUGGCCCAUAAAUGAGUUGCUGCUGUUUGAAUAGCCCCUUUUCUUUGAUGUGAAGCUUCUGUGUUCAGCCACAGUUUUGUUUUCACCCUGCCUCAUAUUUACAGCCAACUCUCGUGUCUUCUUUCGAGUUGCUAGAACCUUUUCUCCUCCUGACUUCAGGAGCUUGCAGAUAGUGAGAUGACUGCAUAACCGAAAUGUUUUCUCUUGCAUUUUGUGGGAGGGCUGCGUUCCUCUCUUCCAGCUGAUUCUGUUGCCUUUGUGGCUUGAACUCAAUUCUUGGGGUGUCAACUUACGAAUGUUCAUAUCCAGGCUGGGGGAAUAAAUGGCUGUGUGUUUAAACCCAAUUUUGUUGGGGUGGUCCUGCUGAUUCUGGACUCUCUCCACAGCUGCAGGAGUACAUAGCAAACUUUGAUUUUUUAAAAUUUUAUUUAAAGAUGGAACACUGUUUUUCUUGGGAUGGGGCCAAAGAGGACUUUUACUCUUCUCCAACCCUUCAAGAUAAUCAUGAUUACAGCCGGUCUUCCUUUAUGCUAAGAUUUGUUUUAGGACAGCAUUGAACUGAGCAACACUGGUGUUAUUUAAAUUCCCAUUGUUCCUUUCACCCAAGGAUCUUUUGGGGUUAUUUUAAAACCCAAGAUCCACUCCUUUCCUGUGUGUGAUAUCUUCUAACAAUCUGCUUUUCACUGGGCAACUUCUGGGGAACAUCUUUAAUGGGUCUGCAAAAAUACUUUCAAACGCAGAGCAAAAAUGGCCACUUGGUAGCCAAUUUGGCUCACUAGUUUUUUUUUUUCUUAUUCUAGUUUUCCAGGCUCUCUCACGAAGACCACAAGCAUCCACGAACACUUUCCUGCUGCAGUUGCUAGGGCAUAUGUAUUCUUUAUCCUGUGUCUCUCCCCCAACCCUCCGUUUGGGGAUGGUGGUGUUUUUUCAGUGGCUCUUGAUCAGGAUCCCCCCCCCCUUCCUGUGCCAUCUGAACAGUAUUGACCUGUAGUGGAAAGAGAAGUUUGUUAGCCGAUUCAUCGUUUCUUUUUUAAAUGUUUAAUGGCAUGUAAUCAUUUUGCUUUAUUUUAUUUUUUAACAAAAAAGCCUUCAAUAAAUAUGAACCUGAUUAUUAGCCUCA